CGUCAGGUGAUCUGAUAGGCUACUGUUCCUACAGAGGUGUGUCUGUCUGGAAAUUUGGUACAUUCAUUCACAGCGGAGUUAAUGUUUUUAAGACCUUUUCUUUUCAGCACCUUUGUAAAUUGCAGGAUGUCUGUCGACAAUGUUUAUGGCCGCGUAGAGCAGUAUAGGAACGCAUGAUAAACAUUCAUUAUUUCGCUUCUGACAUUUUCACCCAACACUCGCAAUUCGACUCCCAUUGCCUUAUAGGUUAUCCAAUCUCUUUACAGAUUAAGUCAGAAGCCGAUUCAUAUCGAUAAUCAAGAGGUCGCUUCGCCAACGAGUUGACAUCGUAAGGUGCAUAGCCUACAGCUCAGUUCAGUAGGCGAGCCAACGAAGAACUGCGAGAAAACAGAACCACCCACAGAAGAUUUAUAGAGAUGGCGAAGGCAGACCAGCGCUUUGGGCAGAGAGAUGGCUCCGACCAGAACUUUGACUACAUGUUCAAGCUCCUCAUCAUUGGGAACAGCAGCGUGGGAAAAACCAGCUUUCUGUUCCGCUACGCAGACGACUCGUUCAGCAACUCUUUCGUCAGCACAGUGGGCAUCGACUUCAAAGUCAAGACUGUCUACAGGAAUGACAAGAGGGUUAAGCUCCAGAUAUGGGACACAGCAGGGCAGGAGAGGUACAGGACUAUCACCACCGCUUACUACAGAGGAGCUAUGGGCUUCAUCCUCAUGUACGACAUCUGCAAUGAAGAGUCCUUCAACGCUGUGCAGGACUGGGCUACCCAGAUAAAAACCUAUUCGUGGGAUAACGCUCAGGUCAUCAUGGUGGGCAACAAGUGUGAUGUGGGCGAGGAGAGGGUGGUGCCCACAGAGAAGGGGAAGCACUUGGCUGACCAAUUAGGGUUCGAGUACUACGAGGCCAGCGCCAAGGAGAACAUUAAUGUCCGCCAGGUGUUUGAACGGCUGGUCGACAUCAUCUGCGUCAAGAUGUCCGAGCGAGUGGAUGUGGAGCCGCCCAUGGUCCCCGGCGUCAAGACUACCAGACUCACCGACAAGCCCCCCCAGUUACCUCAGAAGUGCACUUGUGCCUGACUCACACUUAUAGGGCUGAGCCAAGCCAUGCCGAGCCAAGCCAUGCCCAGCCGUACUUGGCUGGCCUGGUUACGCUUCUACCAUAGUUGCUGGAACCAUGCUGGAAAAUACCAUUUGAAUAGAAACUAUCCGAGCCAGCACCAUGCGGUUGGGGUUGACCCUAUAGUAUGAAUGAGCUACUACUGAUUUGGCCCCUCAGUUCUCCACUACGAUACUUGCCAUUCACAUCAAAAUCAAAUCAAAUGUAUUUAUUCAUAUAUCCCUUCAUACAUCAGCUGAUAUCUCAAAGUGCUGUACAGAAACCCAGCCUAAAACCCAAAACAGCAAGCAAUGCAGGUGUAGAAGCAUAGUGGCUAGGAAAAACUCCCUAGAAAGGCCAAAACCUAGGAAAAAACCUAGAGAGGAACCAAGCUAUGAGGGGUGGCCAGUCCUCUUCUGGCUGUGCCGGGUGGAGAUUAUAACAGAACAUGGACAAGAUGUUCAAAUGUUCAUAAAUGACCAGCAGGGUCAAAUAAUAAUAAUCACAGUAGUUGUCGAGGGUACAGCAAGUCAGCACCUCAGGAGUAAAUGUCAGUUGGAGUAUCUCUACCACUCCUGCUGUCUCUAGAGAGUUGAAAACAGUAGGUCUGGGACAGGUAGCAUUCCACUACUGUUCUUUCCCAACUCCCUGUAAAGCUAUUACAAGUUCCACAAACCUCUUUCCAGAAAGGUAGCCAACUAUACAAUGUAAUUUAUCAAGCUACCAAUAACCACUACUACUACCACCAAAAACUACUACCAUCAAUAACUACCACCACUACUACGACUAUUUACAUAUGUUUCCCCCCUGUAGCCUUGACCUCCAGCUGGUUCAGAGGUCAGGGAACACUAAGCAGGGUAUACAGGUAAGCACAGCAUUGCCUCUAUCCUCCAAAGAGUGGCUUCACCACCGCACAAAGAAACACAAGACCACAUCAGUUCGCAUUAAAAGUUUUACACGGGUUAGGAGACGAGCCUCGAUAGCUGCAUAGUCUUCAAGUUUAGAAUAAUUUGGUUUAGUGCUCUUGUUGACCGUCCUUUACAAGCACUAAAGCGAAGACAAACUAACCACUGGAUACAGAUGUCAGUUCAAUCUAGUUUUGAUUUACAUUUUGUUGAGUUGUCAACUAACGUGAAAUCAACAAAUUCACCAUGACAUUGGAUUUAGGUUCAAAGUUGGAUAAAAAAUAGAUAUAAAUGCCCUUAUGUUGAUGACUUUUUGCAAAUCAAAUCAGUUUUCCACAUUGAUUCAACAUCAUCACAUAUAUUUUGGGGGUUGAAAUUAUGUAGAAACAACAUUGAUUCAACCAGUUUUUGCCCAGUGGGUAACAAUCUUCCCUGUAGAUUUUUGAGUCCCUUAACAAUAUGCAGUGCAACUGUCUCUUGAAGAGGUAAUAACAAUGGUACACUGUUGAAAUGGCAAGAUGUCCAAUACGUCUUUCACCACCAACACUAAGCCAAUGCCAUGUACAGGCAGCCAUGUACAGGCAGUCUGCCUGUACAAGGCCAAUGCCAUGUACAGGCAGAUGUUCAUUGGAGAGCACACUCUUUAUCCUUCAGCUAAUAUCAUCUCCUAGCCGUUAUGUAAGCCAUGUUUAUGUACAGUGUUUAUUUCAUGAAAAUGUGUGUGUUUUAGAGAGCAAAGCAGUCUAUUGUUGUGUGUGACACAUAACUGAGUUUUCAGUUGUAACGGUUUCAUUUGUGUAUCAUAUAACUUGGGCUGAGGUACAUGUCAACAUCAAAAAACAUUGUGAAAUGGAAGAGACAGAAAAUUAUAUUUUAAAAUGUUCUGCUUUAAAAAAAAACUAUGGCAAAAUCUUAAACAUAUUCUGCUAAAUCUUUGUAUCGCAAAGUAGCACGUUUUUAAGUGUAGCUUCCCACCAUGUGUAUUUUCAGUUUUAUAUUUAAAUGUCUUAAUAUAAUGAUUUAAUAUGUGAAUUUGUAAAUCAUAGUUCAAAUCUAUAAUGGUGUUUGCUGAAUUUAUUUUGAUGCUGUAUUAUGGGAAGAAAUAUAGACCAUUAAUGUGAACUUGUUGUUACAGUGAACUCCUAGACAAAGUGGGAGAAAAGCACAAAGUGAUUGUACAACAUUUUGUGGAUGUUUGUAUAUUAUAGAUGCAAUUUAGUAUAUUAAAAAGCACAACUCUACUUUAA